AUGGCAACGGAGUCCUCAUUUCUAUCUUAUUUAGUAGGGAAGGCUGCUAAUUGUAAUCGAGACUGUAGCGUAGAAGUUCUCGUAAGGCCCCCUUGCAAGUCUCACUGCAGCCAAAGGGGAGCAACUCGAAGCGCUGACCUGAGAGACCUAGAGAGCAAGUCCAGUCUCCCGGUGGUUGUAUCGUUGGUGGGUGAGACGUCACAUUUGCGUCAACCGUGCCCGUACCCUGACACUCCAUACAGUCUGGUCUUGUUUUUGAUUAUAUGGAAACUUGGAAAUUGGUUGACAGAACCCAAUUGGAACAUGAUAGGCAAAAAAUUUGACGUCCAAGUAGACGAAGACUGGCAGCAAGACCAAAAUCAGAUUGUCCUAUUAUUCAAAUUUGGCAAGAUAGCUGAAGAGAUUUCUAGAAUUUUACUCGGUUUUGAUGAAAAAGAAAUUAUUUUCUAUACGGAAGAUAAAUUCACCUUAAAGAAAUUCAAAUUAUACGAUUCUAUCCGACCGAAAGAAUUUGAUACGGAUUGGGAUGGUGAUCGAUUAAAGGUCACCUUAACCAAGACCUAUUUUAACUACUCUUGGAUCAAGCUAUUGUCUGUUGAAAAUGAAAGAAGCAAUGCAGUUCUGUUCAAUGGCGAUGCAAAAGAAAAAAAUAUUACUCUAAGUUAUCUAUCGCACGAUUGGAAGGAUUCUAAUGAGGAUCUUGAAAUGUCGAUCACUGUUUUUAUCAAGAAUCUGAUUAAAAAGGAUCUUGAUAUUGACUUUGGACUACGAAAUUUACGAGUCAAGUUUCGAACGCGAGAUAAUGCCUUCUUAUCGCAGCAUCCUAACAGUUCAGAGACCACUACUUUUAUAUGGGAAAUUUACCUAUGUCAUACCAUUUUACCGAGCAAAUCUUCUUACUCUCCUUUGGACGAUGGUAUUCAGAUCAUAAUGCAUAAGGAAGUGGCUGGUUUAUGGCAUAAUCUGGAACAGGCUCUUUACGAUAGAAGUAUUAGUAAAGGCCAGCCUAUUUUCGCGUCAAUUGAUAUACCAUUGCAAAUAUUAAGAAAUUCGCAAUUAGGAGACUACGAUGAUGCUGUAAACGACUUAAAAAUUGUCCGAGAUGGCAUGACCGGGCUGAAUAACCUUGGAAAUACUUGCUUUAUGAAUAGUAUUUUGCAAUGCAUGUCAAACACUCGCCCUCUUCGAGAUUUUUUCUUGGAAUGUGAUCUCAGAAACGAAAUCAAUUAUGAUAAUCCAUUGGGUAGUAAAGGUGCAAUUGUGGCUGCAUUUGCUGUCCUGAUAAGGACUCUAUGGUGUGGAAAAUACCAUAGUUAUUCUCCUAGCAAGUUAAAGUCCUUAGUUGCUGCUAAAGCUACCCAAUUUAUGGGUUACGCUCAGCAAGAUGCGCAAGAGUUUAUGGCUUACUUGUUGGACGGACUUCAUGAGGAUCUUAACCGUGUAAGAAAUAAACCCCUUACGCAAGUAGUUGAGGGUGCUGGGAGACCAGAUGAAGAAGUAGCAAAUGAAGCCUGGAUGGUACAUCGGAAACGGAAUGAUUCGUUAAUUGUGGACUACUUUUUUGGCCAGUUCAAAUCUGUUUUGAUUUGUCCUGAAUGUGAUAAGAAAUCAACUACUUUUGAUCCGUUUAUGGUCCUACCAUUACCAAUUCCCGCUGUAAAAGUUCCUAUCAAAGUUAUUCCUGUGAUAAAUAAUUUUCCAGGAACUGGUAUUCAGAAGACAUUUAUGGUCGAAAAGGGAGCUACUGUUAGGUCAUUAAAAGUUGAAAUAUCGCUUUGGAUUAAGGAUAUUCAUCCUAACGACUUUGUAUUAAUAGGAAUAUACGCUGAUGAUCGAUGUAAGCUGCUUACAGAUAAAGACCAACUAAGUUACAUGACCAGAUAUGAUGUGCUCUAUGCAUGUGACUGUCGUAGCGACUCACCAGUAGGUAAAGAGGAAAAUGUUAUAAAGAUACCUUUAAUUCAGAGAGUUCUUCGCCCUCCUAGUGUUCACAAAUGUAACGCCUGUUAUAAAGAUGAAAGCAAUGGCAAUUUGAAAAGAUGUAGCAAAUGUGAAUCAGUGGCUUAUUGUGAUCUUGAGUGCCAACGUAAAGAUUGGGAAUUUCACAAACGUAAUUGUGCAAGAACUCCAACAGUAAUUGGUCUUCCAGCAAUACUGGCAAUACCUGAAACACAGUUAUCACUACCGAACUUGCUAAAUGAAGCUUUCAAAGUGGGAAUAAAAUCGGUUACUGUUUAUAAGGAUGAUGUCGAGAUGACAACGUAUUCAGCGGAUGAAAUGGAUAUAAAGUGCCCAGAAUCAGCACCAUUUACUUUAGUCCCGGCACCUAUCUUCCGAUUAAGUGCUAAGGAUGUUGAUUUUUACAAAGAGAAUGGUGACGUCAACAUCGAAGAUAUCGCACAAUUUUACUUGGAUUGGAACAAUUCGCAUAAUCAAAUACGCAUUGAAAAUCGUUCUGCGAUUUCUUCUGACUAUGAAGAAGGUAUUGAGUUCGAUAAGACGACAAUGCUAUAUGAUUGCUUAAAGUUGUUUACAGUACCGGAAAUUCUAUUACCAGAGGAAGCUUGUGGCUUGGAUUUACGAGACUUUAUAUCCGAUUCUGCAUCGACCAAUAGCAAUGAAUCAUAUAUAUACGAUUUAUAUGCUGUUGUAAAUCAUUAUGGUGGAUUGAUGGGUGGUCAUUAUACAGCUUUCGCUAGAUUCCCUCUAGGAAAGAAUGGAGAAAAUUUCUCUAAGACAGUAUAUCUCAUAUAUAUUGAUAUAUUCGAUAUGAAAGCUUUGACAAUAGAAUAA